AUGAAGAUCUCAACCGGACUAUUCUUGAUUUUGCACCUUUGCAUUACGUUAGCACUGGUUGAAUCAAACAAAAGUGCAGGUCUUGAGAUCAGUGGGAAAAGACUGAAAGACGAAAAUGUUGAGAAAAAUACACCAAAUCGUGAAAGGAACAAGACAGAUCAUUUCCAAGGCAGUAAUGUUAAAAAUGUUAACAAGAACCAUAACAUGAGCCACCUGCCGUUUGUUAGUCCUGGUAAGAAGACACCCUGUUGGGGAAUUUCGUGUUUGAAGAGUAGUGAAAAUGUUGGUGGCAAAAAACAUCGUUUGCGGAAAACUCCUGUUCGUCGUCGCAGAACAGAAUCUGUUUUUCUGGCUAAUGCGCUUGACUCCCUGGAUCAUUCAAAACCUCGCCCUCUAUGGCAAUAUAAUACUCGUGGGGAACCAGACAAGCCAUAUAAACAAUUUACUAAUGGUACAGCGAAAAGUUACCACAACGCAAAUAGCACGACAGCCAAAAUGAUGAAUAAACCCCUAAGAAACCAGCCCGGGGACAAAAGGCAGCAAUGGUCAGAUAAGGAAAGUGAAAUGCGACCCAGAUUCUUUUUCAAUAGUGCACCAGCUGAAUUUGUGGAACAGAAACCACUGACGCUGCAAAGACACGGCGAGAGAGUAAUGCAUGUAACAUUUCCUCCCAGACGAGGGCGUCUUCGCGGACCUCAUCAUUUCCAAGGGCUUGAGCGUGCUUUUCACGGUGGUCGAAACCACAUGCAUAUGAUAAACAACGCUAGAGGCGUUUCUCGAAUGGCAAUGAAUUUUUUUGCUCAUCCUUUAGCACAGCUCAUCCCUGGCCCACUCAACUUCCACGGUCACCUCCAUCAUAGGCACCACUCCCCACCAACCAUUUCUUAUGCUAUUCACAUUAAUGCACCUCCUCGAAUAGAACCUCCCCCUACCAACGUUCUACCGCGACCACUUCACACUGUAGAUGGCCCACCGACCAUUCCUGUAGAUAUGAUAGGUGGGCAAAUACCCCCUAUAAGUCCACCACUAAUUCGGCCUCCAGAUGAACCAAUUCAACCAAAUCAACCGAUUACAGCUCAAGCUAUACCUCCAAACUUUUCCGUGAUGCCACCUCCAGACAUCCCGAUAUCAUCAUCACCUCCAAUUGAUACUCAGAGAAGGCCUCCUCUUGUUCGUCUACCACCACCGCCUAUGCCACCACCAGACAUUCCAAUACCAUCGCCUCCUAACGUUAUCCAGGGAAUGCCUCCACCCAUAGAUCUACCAGGGCCACCUGUACCACUCCCGCCAGCAGUUGAAAGAGUUCCGUUUCCUGUAGCGAUUCCAUCGCCACCAAAAGUGGAACGUGUGCCAUACCCCGUCCCCGUACCAGGGCCGCCAACCGUUCAACAGGUCAUGGUACCAGUACCAUCGCCACCAAAAAUCCAUGAGGUGCCUGUGCCUGUUCCGUCGCCACCAGAGAUAAAAAAGGUUCCUGUGCCGUAUCCCGUCCAAGUUCCGUCGCCUCCACAGAUACAAAAGGUUCCAUAUCCUGUACCCUUUCCCGUCAAAGAGCCACCACAAAUCCAAAAGUUACUCCUUCCAGUACCGAUUUCUCAACCAGCGCAAGUCCGCAACGUACCGUUUCCAGUAUACGUCCGUUAUCCGCCAGAAGUAAGACCAGUUCCAUAUCCUGUUCCAUCUCCUGCCAAGCCUUAUCCAGUUGCCGUUCCAUCGCCACCGCGUUUAAUGAUUCACCAAGUGCCUUACCCAGUCAUGUACCCUCAAAAGGUUCCUUUCCCGAUUCCUCUUGUUGUACACCACCAAUCCAUCAGUCACGGAGAUGCUUACGGAGAAGGUAAUACCAAAAGUUAAAAUGACCUGCCCAUCUAAGGCACCAAAAAAUAGGAACUAUUUUUUUGACAGAAAUUUACAAAUUUUCAAAUUUUACAUAAUGAACCCAGGUAGUUAGGUGUUGGCUAGAAGCAAACAUGUUUAUUACUGACAAAUAUUUAUGCUUAUUUUUGCUAGAGUCUGUCAUUAAUGGACAAUGCCUGGUUAAUCUCUGUCGAAAUGGAGGUACCUGCUCAGCUUAUAUGAAUACUUAUAGAUGUCACUGUGCAAAUGGUUACCAGGGAAAACAUUGCGAAGGUAAGAAGUGGCCUAUGCGAAGGUAGACCUAGCCUUUGUAUUACUGCACUCCUUGGUUUGGGCUGUACUAAAUACUGACAGAUAGAUACUACCAUCUGGCAAUAGAAAACACAGUUUGACUCUGAUUAAAAUAACCUACUUGUCGUUCAAACGUAACUGUUAGCAACAAUAUAGCACUCGGGACUACCUCACCAGAAAAUCACAUGCAGCAAACUUAGAAUAUUGAUAUAUUUUUUUUGAAUUGAAUUAUUUUUUGUAGAGCAGAACAUGUGCAAACCCAACCCAUGUAACAAUUUUGGGAUUUGUUCGCAAGUUGAACGCGACUACGAAUGCACUUGCACAAAAGGAUUCAUUGGAAAGAAUUGUGAUAGUAAGUACAUGUAAAUACAAUAAGGCUUCCAUCCUUCGUUUCAUAAAUAUGAGGUUUUAUAGGCAAAACAACAACUUCGCACAAGCAUCACGCAUUGAUGUCGUCACGACACGAGUACGUCGUGAAAAUGACUAAUUCAGUUCACUUUUUAAAAGGGAAGGUUAACAAGCGACGACGAAAUUUCAUUUUUCUUUCUUAACUUGGAUUUGCCUCUUAAGAAUUCAGCUCGAGGACAGUUUACCUACAUCUGACAGUGCUGCCAGUCUGACUAACGCGAAUUCACUUCUUAAGCGACAUUUUCGCCCAUGUCGCCGUCCUCGGAUCUUUAAAAUUCCCUACUAAGUGACGAAAAAGGCGAGAAAACACCGUUUUUAAAAUUCAGGGGUCUUUCCUUUACAGAACCAGAUCCUUGUAUCCCCUCUCCUUGUGAAAAUGGUGCUACGUGUUCAUCUGAUGGCAAUUCAUACGACUGCACGUGCAGAAUAGGUUGGAUGGGAAAAAACUGUCAAGGUAAAUAUUUAUUCAAUAUUUGUGUAAUCAAAGUGAAACCAAUUACCAGUUGUGGAUUUCAGUCAUCCUACUGAUGAGCGAAUACGAUAAUUAGAUGUAUUUGCAUUUGCAAUAAUAGUUUAAAGUCUGUGUCAACUUGUAAAUAUUUGCCAUUUUAUUACUCCUGCCCAACUAAUCAACCUCGCCCUUAGUCAGCAAUGGGUGUUAUUACCAUUAGUUUAACCAAGUAAUGCAUUCAAUGCUGUUGUUAUUUCAUCUCCAGCUCAAUCAGAUCAAAAGAACGUCUUCUCAUGUUUUUCAGUUUUAACAAAGUUGCUUUCUGUUAAAAUAAGUCACACUCGUUUAUGAAGUACACAAAGAAUUCAUUCAAACGUACAUAGCUAAAGCGUCGCCAGUACGAGGGGUCAAGUAAAGUAGUGCACCACCGUCCUUUUUAUAUGGGAGUCGCUUCCCCCUGGUUUGAAUAUAUAAUGAAACAUCCUGUUUAUCUAUUCACAGUGGAGUCUAAGUGUCUACCACUGAAUCCUUGCCAAAACGGCGGAACAUGCACUGAGGCGCAGGGAUCAUACAAGUGUGAUUGCACACCCGGGUGGACUGGACUCAGUUGCGAAGGUAAAAGCACUGUUUGAUUACAAACGUGGUUAUGAAAAUUUCGAUAAACCAUAGCAGAUCAGAAUAACCAUAGAAAAUUUAAGAGCCUAGCCUGUAAACGCGCACGUAUUUCGGUUCGUGGCUUCUCUCCAUCCGAAAAGAAACGGGUGGAGAAAAGCGAAGCCCGGAAAUACGUCUACGUUCGCAGGCUAGUAAGAACCCACUCGAAUGAAAUAUCAAACGUGCAAUGAUUAGACGUUAAACUCACUGUUUGGUGUUUUGGGAACAAGUUGCAUGGAUAUUGUCAGGUUGGUCGUGUAAAACUUAGUUUUGAGCCAAUUUAGCUAGUAUUUUCUUUGAAUACUUUAGUUUUUCGGAUAAUAACUUUGGAAGUUGCCAUCCUCUUCUUUAAACCCCCUAAGAAUAUAUCACCCACAAUCAUGAACAAAAGUCCUUGGGACAGUACUGCAAUAUUCAUAUUUUUCUGUCAUUUCUCGGUUCCCUCAUAAAACAGUGCAAACCUUUUCGAAUUUUCUUACAGUUCUCCCUCCCCCAAGCUUAUGCAAAGUUGAAACUCGGAAAAAAUUCUGGAUACACGCGUCCAACAUUGUUUGUGGGGUGGGGGAGGGGUUGGACCUGUGUGAAUUGGAAAACGCCCCAGAAAAGCAAAAGUGUCUCAAGACUUUUGUCCACGAUCGUGGAUCCUUCAGUCGCUUUAGAACUCACUACGUUUACUACGGUUAAAUAGGAGAUUAUGGUGCUAGGUUUUGCACAGGGCACUCUACUGUUUUACCUCAUAAUUCAUUAUGUUUUGCCUUUCAUAGUCACAGCCCCUGAGACACUUCACCAGCCAGGUAUUUGAAAUAUCAGUUGGCUUCGAUCUGAUCCCUGAAUCUAGCGUAAAAUCGCUGACAUUAGGGAGCUUUUAAAGACGUUUUUGAGCGACGGAAAGAAAAGGCACCACUUCUGGUUGACGCUCGUUAACCAGAACGUUUUGUUAAAAACGUCUUGACGCUACCAAGUAUGUGUUGCUAACUGUCUUCGCGCUUAUAAAGACGAUCUUCCCGAAGAUUUAAGUAACUGCGCCGCCCAAGAAUGCAAAAAGUCUACUUUCGGUUAACUUUAAUACGUCGCUCAAAAACGUCUUUGCUUAACUCCCCUAUCAAACACUUGUAACAACGCCGCUUAGCUCUUCGGUAAUGAUGAUGACCACAUCAAUUUUAACGUUUACGCUGGCGAUGCUAAUGGUGCUGUAACGGUACUGAUGGUAGGUAAGGGCAAUGAUAAGUUGAUAUCGAUGUGGCUGUGAUACUAAUAAUAGGGAAAAAUACUAACGGUAAUGAUGUUGCUAAUAAUGACAAUGCCCAUCUUAAUGUGUAUAUUUAUGGUUUUAAUAGAAUGUAAGUAAUAGCUAAUAAAUGGCGUAAUAUCGAUGCUGUUAAUAUCACACUGAAAAGUAAUUGUGGCAGCGCUGGAAUUAGUUGGUUUAACAUAAUGAUAAUGUAAUCGAGAUAUUAAUGCUGGAGGUUAACAAUAACAUCGAUAUAAAUAACUAUGAUAAUUCCGUAGUGAAUGAUUCUUUAAGUAACACUAUAAUUACCUAAAGGUUCUUUCACGUAUAUUACUGACUCCAUUUGAAGGCAAAUCUCUCGCCGACAACUGUCUACAAUUGGCAGGACAAUUCUUUCAGAUAUUCGACAAUCGCGUGUAUGGGUAGCCUUUGAAAAAAGCCGUUACUGCGGGACGCAAGAGUAAGGAGCGGACCAUUGCUGCCAGUAGUUUUUCUUACACUGUAUUGCUACCUAAUUUCGUCUCACUCGGAAUAAUUCAUCUAACUCUCUAUGUCACUAAUACACCAUGUAGGAGAAAAGAAAAGAAAAAACAAAACAAACUAACCAACAAACAAAAAACCCACCCAUUUCUGACCAUUCAUUUACCUUUGUCUAAGUCAGACAUACAAACAUGAAGUGUAAGAGAUGGAUAAGAAUACUUUUUACUGUGGUAUUUACGCCAGCUUUGUAUCAAUCUCUAUUUUCUUUAGUGCUCUGCGAUAACUGUAACCCAUCAGACGGACUUCUGGGUCAAAUAAAAAGAAACGAACUUCGGCGAAGGAUAACGAAUUUCAAAAAGGGGAAUGUUAUCGAAAGAUACCAACAAAGGGCCAAACAAAGGUACGUUCGCCCGUCCAGCAUCUAAAAAUGUCUGCAGAAUUCCUUACUAAGCAUUUCAACUCGACGCUUAAAUAACGAACAUUCCUUCCUUUUUUUGCAUUGACUAUUGCAUCGGAGAAUUGAUGAUCUGGGCGCGAGCAUAAAAUUGGACCUUAUUAUUCAUCAAAUAGUAGCUCCGUAAAAACCGAAGAACUAAACAACUGGUCGCGAUUUGUUCAAACGUUGGAUAGUGACCAAUAUCCAGCGGAAAAAUCAUAAUCCAGUGGAAACCAAUUGCGUUAUCCACUGGAUGGAGAUUUAUCCAGUGAUAGCGAUAUCUACCUUUCGAACAACUGGAUCCUGGAUUCUUAUCUUUAUUACCUUUGCUACAAGUAAAAUAACAAAAGUUGGGCUUAACUGGUCUUUACAAAACAAUACGAUAACCACGACACAGGGCACUAGUAUUUAAAACUGAAGAUUAUAUUUCAAUAUAAAAGAAUAAUCUUACCAGUUGCUUUCUUACUGCUCCUUUAUUUUCAGAACUUGAAAUGUAUCCUGCCUUUAGUGGUUCACACGAUUCUUGCUGGCUCAAGACCUCAAAUAAAAGAAGUCAAUGAACACCAGGAAGAGUACAAGCUACAAGUUAUUUAUUUUGUACAAGUAUCAUGCAAUUGCCAGAAACGGACAUUUAAGCCCGUGAUUUGCCGGCACCCUAACCAAAAUAUUUGAGAGGUAUUUUUGUUCUGUGCUAGGCGUAAAAAAAAACCCUUAACGCCAGCCAUUCCUUUCGGAGUCGAAGGGUUUCAGAAGUAGCAUCACUUUGUAAAAAUCACUCUUUCGACUAAAAACUGAUCUUUAAUUUUUUUUCUUUGUUUCCUGUUCCAUAAAGCCUGAUAAAAGAAGAUAUUUUUUUGAUCACGUUUUUUGUAAAUAACUGAGAGAUGAUUUUAAUGAACUGAAUAAAAAAGUUUUUAAGAGGUUAUCACUUGUCCAUAUUAUAUAUUUUUACCGUAAAGAGUCUCAUCUUGUUCAACCUAUCAGUUCCUGAUCCGUUUAUUUCGGACCUCACGAUUUUAUUAAAUGUUAGCAGUCAAAUACUAGAAAGGAAGAAACAGCGAAGACUUCGGUGGACAACAGAGUGCUUAACCAAACUAGCCGCUGGUAUCACCGAGUGCGAGAUUAUUAUAUUUCACAAGGUGAAUUAAGUACCAUUGCUAGCUCGAGAGAACAGUUUUUUUGUGUAUUUAACUAAACACAUUUCCGUGUAACUGGCAAUAAAGCGCUUAUCAAGCCAUUGCAUUAUUUCCUUUUUUUAAAGUGACAUUUUUUUAGUCAGUUUUUCUUGAAGUUUACAUAAUUUUACGCAUUAUCAAUAUAUAAAAUUUGUACGGACGUUUGAUAAAUGGCUCGGAAAGGAAAAAGUGACUGUAUCCAUGAAAUACAUGGGAAACUGUUAUGAGGUUCUUUAUUGAAUGUAAGGACAAACGCGGAGUCUCGGUCGCUUAGGAGAGGUGGUCGUUUACGAGAGUUUCCAUGCAAGUGUAGUGAGUUAAGUGGGAAGUUUCUUGUGUUUUGGAUACAAAAAAUGUACUCAAAUAUGACGUGAUUGCUUAAUUCUUAUUCCAAGAGACUAUCAGUAAAAGCACUACUGCAAGUCAACCAGUUUAUUUUUAGAACGAUUUUGGCUUGAAUGUAGAAAAUCUUUUAAGGCCCAGUCAAAAAACUACACACUUAAAGAUGAUAUUUUCGAUCUCUUUAUGACGUUUAGUGUUCCUUUUUGGUGUCUUUUACUUCGGAGGGGCACAUACAAAGCGAAGCUUCAAUUAUUGCUAGAAAAAGCUUCCCAUUAGAACAAUGUAUCUAAAAAUGAAAAGAUCCGUGAAAAUGCCGUGUCUUAGGCUGGUAUGGGAGUUGCUCACUCCAGGUUAUGGGCUCCUGUACAAAUAUAUACUAGGCUUAGUUUUCAGCUAGCCACCAGUUAAACUUCUUGCCUGUCAAUACUGUAUGAAGCUUACCAACAAUGCAACCCGCUGAGAGACAAAAGGUAUUCAUUGAACCAGAUCUUUCUCUUGACAGGAUUAAAAAAAAACAUUAAUCGGUUCAUUGUACAAACCGAUUUUUAAAACGAUUAGAAAACUAUUGUUUAUCAACAAACAAAUUAGUCAUAAUUGCACCUCGAUUAAAAGUAACAUCCAGCGGCUUUCUAGAUGUUGUGGCUAUCUCUAACGAAUUUACGAAUUUCGUUCAUUUUGCAGUCAAAAAGAACACUCUAGCAUACCUUUAGUUCUGCCACACAGUGAAGGGCUUUCUAAGGGCUCAUAGUGCAUGAUACCAUGAUGUCAUUUCAACUUUUAACAAUUGGAAGUAAUGCAUUAUGAAUCAUAUUUCACGGCGGCGGCAACACCAGAAGUAGGCCUUGAGAAAAUGGAGGAAAAAUCAGAAUGCAAUGCUGAUAUUACUGCUUGGGUUUUCCUGUAAGACGGAAGUCACGUCAUGAAGGUCUGGUUAUGGCCUAGAGCACUAAUUUUUACAGUAGUUGUUUUGUUGAUUUACUGGCUGAAAGUGGAUGGGAGAUCAAACGCUGGUCAAGACAGCAUCGCACUGUCAACAACAUCGAAUCGAAGACAAAACAAUUUUUAUAAACAUCACAAGAAACAUUCGUCCAGUGAACAUAGUGCCUUCAGAGCAAAUACAAAGAGAAUCAGAGACGACAUUGAGUUACCUUCUCGUGGAAAAACUGCGAAAAAAUUUAUGACCGAUGAUGAAUCUAGAGGACAAUUUCCGUUGUACAAGCGGAAUGCAAUGCAAAAUGACACGAACCAUAAAAAGGAAAGAAUUACAGUUAAAUCAAAUGCUUCUAAAUUACCUGAGGGUUGGAAUUUAAACAUUUCAGAGGAGGCCGAAGAUGGUCUUACCAAGAGAUCACGAAACAGAGUACGAUUAAAAUCGCAAAGAUCUUACCUAGCGACGACGCAACAGAAGCAAAAUGGCUUUACAGCGAAGAUAAACGUUACGAGAAGUUCUGGCCACAGAUUUUCUGUCAAGGAACAGAAGAGACAGGAGAUACUGGGAGGAAAUACAAAUGAUGUGCGCCCCAUAAAACUAUACAACAGUUACACAGGAGAAACAUCUGAAGAUGGCGCGCGUUUAACUGAAAACUCUGACCGCUUUUUAACUAAUUUAGUUGAGGCAAACACUGGGCUACGAGCCAUGACGCCUACCCACUUCUACGCCCGUCCUGUUCACAAGUAUUUGGGUCCUCAACAUCGCUUCGCUAAAGCUCCUAUCCACCGAUAUAUUUCUUCGCCGGUGGUAUUCAAAGGUGCUAAUGGAGAGAAUAAUGCAAUAGUAGGUGAAGAUGUCGUUGGUAACAAAGGAUUAUCGGUAACUGGAAGACAAUUUGGUCUUGAAUCUCAGCCUUUUUUCCCAGGACCGCCUCGCCACAGUCCACAUGUGAUAGUUGUAAAUAGGCCUUUUCAUUCUCCAGUACCAGUACCUGUCCCAGUACCCCCAAAGAUUGUUGUUCUGCCUCACCCGAUACCUCUGCCACCUCAACGAGUCCCCAUGCCUCUUAUGUUACCUAGACCGCGGCCAAGGCCAAUAUUUAUUAUACAUCACAAAGUGCUUUCAGGUCCAGGUAAGUUCUUGCCUCUAGCACCUCCAUCCAUUGAGACAGCCGGUGUAGUAACUUCUUCAAAACAAUAAUACAGUCAACUCUCUCUAAGACAGACACCUUUAGGACUGGCGCCACAUGCAUGUGUCCGUCUUAGAGAGAUGUCUGUCCUAUAGAGAGUCAGCUAAAAGAAUAAAAUAAAGACAGGGACCAACUUUAGGUGUCCCUUUUCACAAGGUGUCCGUCUUAUAGAGGUAGCAGUCAAGUUAGGAGAGAAUCGACUGUAACAUUAUUGUUAAACGAACACCUUGCAAACGAUGUAACUCAGAUUGGUUCAAGCUCCAAACCACCCUCUGACGUUGGAUGGACGCACACAUACUUUCAAAUACUGUACACCAAAGUCUUCGUUGCACUCUUCUUCCUGACAACAAAGCAGCCUGCUAACGACCUCAUAGAUGAAAACGUUUAAGAUGAUUGCCAGGCACGUUUCUACGGGGUAGAUCCUCGCGGGCCGAGCAGUGUUUUCUGCAUCUUGAUAUUCACAAAAGUUUUCAAGUCUUGACACUUGAAUUCCCAUAACGGGACUUGCCUUUAAUAAUACGUUGUCUUUUGUUUGUUAAGUUAUUGACCCCUGUGCAGCAAAUCCGUGCAGAAACGGCGGAACAUGCACUGCAGUGAUGUAUGAAUACAGAUGCAUAUGUCCUUCUGGCUACAAAGGAGAAAAAUGUGAAGGUAAUAUUCUAUGAUGCGCUUUGCAUUAAGUUGAUGUUACAAAAGCGCCCUCUUGAAGCCCUGUGAUGCCACGCAAAAUGACCGCUUUUCUUGGUCACCAUCUUAGCUUGUACUAGAAAUGAUGAUUUAUCCACAUAGUGUAACGAUUAAACAAUUUCAGUGCAUGAGAUAUAAAAAUUACAUGUAAAAAAUGGCAUUUGCUGAAGAAAACACAUUCCAGCUCAAAAUAGCCCCGUAGGUCCAAUGAUCGAAACAAGGCACCGCCCAACGCAAAGCCCUCUCCUUAUUUAUUCCGACGUCGGCAGGUAUUAUAUUCAUGUACACUUUGCGUACGGUUUGUUUGCAGUCCAGAGUAAAUGUACUCCAAAUCCUUGCAAGAACUUUGGCAAAUGUACAGAGCUACCGGACGAUUAUGAGUGCACCUGUCAUCCUGGUUUUCACGGAAAGAGCUGCGAAGGUAAAUGACCUAGCGCUGAUAAACAUGACUUGUCCGCGUGCCGUACUUAGCCUGCGCGGGAGCUGCAGAAACAAUGCCCUGCCACGGUCUCCACCGGAAAAGCCCCAGCUUGUUGCCAUUCUCUCCUUGGACGUACACAAUAUGCAUUUAAAAAUCUGCAGUUAGAUAACAUCAUCUGGCUUCCUCUCCCUCGGACGUAUAAGGAAGUCCAUAGUUUCACCUUGGAAGUUGCAACCUCACUCAGCUGUAUAUUUUGUUUGCUUGUUUGUUCACCAAUGUUGCUGCUGUUGCGUGAAGAUGUUUUGCAAAGAUUUCACUUUUAAUAGAUAUUCUAUGAUGUGCUUUGUAAGUUGAUGUCACAGAAAUGCCCUGCUGAAGCCCAGUAAUGCCACAUAAAAUGACCGCUCUGUUGGUCACCGUCUUAGCUUGUACUAGAAAUGAAGAUUUAUCCACAAUUUAUCUUUAAGCUGGAAGUUUGCCAACCACAAAAGAAGAGUGAGCGUCAGCUGUGUUGCUUACUAAUUAUGUUAUUGCUUAAGGUUACUUCUGAAAUAGCCAAAAGUGCAAAAUAGCAGUAGUUUUCUGAAACAUUAAAUCCAAGAGGGGCGUUUCUGGAAAACUAAAAUUGCUAGUUUGUACCUCAGAGCCUCAGUCACUUUGUCUCAUAGACGGUAUAGCUAAACCUAAUACCUAAACCUAAAUGUUAUUAAAAUAUAUCUUAAUCUACUGUAUCUUUCGAACGCUGUAUUCUGUUUUCAGUUGAAAGCAGGUGUGAACCGAACCCAUGCAGGAAUGGCGGCGUUUGUACGGAAAACGUUGGAGCGUACGUUUGUUCGUGCAAUGCAGGGUUCAUGGGACAGAACUGCGAACGUGAGUGAACUGUAAAGUUAUAAUCUGCGAUCAUUAACAACUCGUCAAGCUUGGUGUUACGAAAACCAUUGUUGUUCACGAUCAACCACUGCCGGUCUGGGGCAGCUACUCACGUUUGAUUGCUGAGUGACCUGAGUCUUUAUAUGCGACAUCACUGACUUCGCAACAGGCGACUACCGUUAAGAGGUUCCCGUCUCAUAAAAGUUAAAGUAAAAUCAGAAUUCUCUAAAGAGGGACGUUAUAUAAUCUAGAUUGCCCUAUGAGGAGGGGGGCAUAGCAACAACCAAAUUAAACCCUUCAAUGAUAGAACAAUCGUUUGCCAAAAUAUUGCUAUAUGUCAGCGACAAGCUAUGAUAAAUUGUAAAAAUAUUUACCGAUUCCAUGCACUCGUCCACAUUCUACCAGCUUUAACGUAACGUAUUUUAUCAUCUUAAGGCGAAUCAAAAUGUUUGCCAAUAAAUCCGUGCAAAAAUGGAGGCGUUUGCACUGAAGACCUCGGAGGCUACAAAUGCAACUGUAAAGAUGGCUACAAUGGAUUAAAUUGUGAAGGUAAACAGAGUCAAAAGAUUAUUGUUUAAUGUUACUCAAAUCUUUUUUCCGGAAGAUGAUGAUGAAGAGGAUGAGGAUAAUAAUGAAGAUGAUAAUGGUGAAAUAAUAAAGAUAAUGACGAUGAUGUUAAUAAUAUAUUGAAUGUCUUAAUAACUUUUCCACUGCAGUUAGUGAAGCUAGAACCGCCUGUGAUAGCAAUCCUUGCCGUAAUGCCGCCACCUGCAUCGCCAGUAUCUAUGAUGGCUCCAAAUAUACAUGUUACUGUACCACAGGAUUCACAGGAAUUAACUGUGAUGGUAGGUUUAUAUGGUGCCUUAAAAGUCUGCCUGUACUGAAAAUGCAAUGCUAACAGACAGUUAUGUUCUAUACCAACAGCCUUUAUACAUGUUAUGUCAGACGAGCACAACAUAUGUUUCUAAAUAUUCGAGUUGUCACUGUUGUCGCUGUUGUACCUGUUGUCACUGUUGUUCCUCUUGUCACUGAUUUCACUGCUGUUGCUUUUCUCACUGCUGAUGUUGUUGUUACUGUCGUUGCUUUUCUCACUGUUCUCACUGUUGUCGUUGUUAACACUGUACCACUGGAGUUCCUGUUUCCACUGUUCUCUCUGUUGUCACUGCUGUCCCUGUUAGCACUGUUGAUCCUGUUGUCACCGUUGUCACUGUUGUCAAUGUUGUCGCUGUUGUCACCCUUGUCACGGUUAUCACUGUUGUCGCUGUUGUUGCUGUUGUCGCCGUUGUCACUGUUGUCAUCCUUCUCACCGUCGUCGCUGUUGUCACUGUCGCCACCAUUGUCACCGUUCUUGCUCUUGUUCCUAUUGUCACUGUUGUCGCUGUUGUCGCUGCUGUCACCGUUGUCACCAUUGUCGCUGUUGUCACACUUGUCACUGUUGUCACCAUUGUCAGCGUUGCCGCUGUUCUCACUGUUAAUACCCUCAUCACCGAUGUUACUGUUGUUGGUCUUGUUGUUGUUGUCACUGUUGUCGCUGCUCUCACUGUUGUCGCCUUUCUCACCGUUGUCACUGUUGUUGCUGUUGUCAACCUUCUCAACAUUGUCACUGUUGUCGCUGUUGUCACACUUGUCACCGUUGUCACUGUUGUCACUGUUGUCGCUGUUGUCACACUUGCCACCAUUGUCGCUGUUGUCACUGUUGUCACUGUUGCCGCUGAUGUCACUGUUGUCACCCUUGUUACCCUUGUCACCGUUGUCACUGUUGUCACGGUUGUCACCCUUGUCACCCUUAUCACCGUAGUCUCUGUUGUCACACUUGUCACAGUUAUCGCUGUUGUCGCUGUUGUCACUGUUGUCGCUGUUGUCACCCUUGUCACCGUAAUCACUGUUGUCACAGUUGUCACCGUUCUCACUGUUGUUGCUGUUGUCACUGUCACUGUUGUCACCCUUGUCACCGUAAUCACUGUUGUCACCCUUGUCACCGUAAUCACUGUUGUCACUGUUGUCACAGUUGUCACCCUUGUCACCGUUGUCACUGUUGUUGCUGUUGUCACUGUCACUGUUGUCACCCUUGUCACCGUAAUCACUGUUGUCGCUGUUGUCACCCUUGUCAAGGUAAUCACUGUUGUCACUGUUGUCACAGUUGUCACCCUUGUCACCGUUGUCACUGUUGUUGCUGUUGUCACUGUCACUGUUGUCACCCUUGUCACCGUUUUCACUGCUCUCACCCUUGUCAACAUUGUCACUGUUGUCGCUGUUCUCUCUGUUGUCACUGUUGUCAGAGUUGUCACACUUGACACCGUUCUAACUGUUGUCGCUGUUGUCAUGCUUGUCACUGUUGUCGCUGUUGUCACUCUGUCGCUGUUGUCACUCUGUCGCUGUUGUCAACGUUGUCACUGUUGUCGCUGUUCUAACUGUUGUCACCCUUGUCACCAUUGUCACCCUUGUCACCGUUGUCACUGUUGUCACCCUUGUCACCGUUGUCACUGUUCUUGCUGUUGUCAGUGUUGUCACACUUGUCACCAUUCUCGCUGUUGUCGCUGUUCUCACUGUUGUCAUUGUUGUCGCUGUUUUCACUGUUGUCACCUUUGUCACUGUUGUCGCUGUUUUCACACUUGUCACCGCUGUAGCUGUUGUCGCUGUUGUCACUGUUGUAACCUUGUCACCGUUGUCACCGUUGUCACUGUUCUCAGAGUUCCCACACUUGUCACCGUUGUCACUGUUGUCGCUGUUGUCAGUGUUCUCACGGUUGUCAACGUUGUCACCAUUGUCACUGUUGUCGCUGUUGUCACCCUUGUCACCGUUGUCACUGUUCUCACCCUUGUCACCAUUGUCACUGUUGUUGCUGUUGUCAGUGUUGUCACUGUUGUCGCUGUUGUCACUGUUGUCGACCUUGUCACCGUUGUUGCCCUUGUCACCGUUGUUACUGUUGUCAAACUUGGCACUGUUGUCGCUGUUGUCACCCUUGUCACUGUUGUUGCUGUUAUCAGUGUUUUCACUGUUGUCACUGUUAACACCCUUGUCACCGUUCUCACUGUUGUCGCUGUUGUCACUGUUGUCAUUGUUGUUGCUAUUGUCACCCUAGUCACCAUUGUCACUGUUGUCACCCUUGUCACCGUUGCAACUGUGGUUGCUGUUGUCAGUGUUGUCACUUUUGUCGCUGUUGUCACACUUGUCACCAUUGUCAAUGUUGUCGCUGUUGUCACUGUUGUCACUGUUUCCACUGUUAUCACUGUUGUCGCUGUUGUCACCAUUGUCACAGUUGUCGCUGUUGUCAAACUUGUAACAGUUGUCGCUGUUGUCAUUCUUGUCACCGAUGUCACUGUUAUCACCCUUGUCACCAUUGUCACUGUUGUUGCUGUUGUCAGUGUUCUCACUGUUGUCGACCUUCUCACCGUUGUCACUGUUGUCACCAUUGUCACUGUUCUCGCUGUUGUCUUGUCUUGUCUUGGUACCAUUGUCGCUGUUGUCACUGUUGUCACCGUUUUCACUGUUGUCACCCUUGUCACCGUAGUCAGUGUUGUCGCUGUUGUCACUGUUGUCACACUUGUCACUGUUGUCACUGUUGUCACUGUUGUCGCUGUUGUCACCCUUGUCACCGUUGUCACUAUUGUCGCUUUUAACACUGUUGUCACCCUUGUCACCCUAUUCACUGUUGUCACCGUUGACACCAUUGUCACCGUUUUUACUGUUGUCGCUAUUGUCACUGUUGUUGCUGCUGUCACUGCUGUCACUGUUGUCACUGCUGUCACUGUUGUCGCUGUUGUCACGCUUGUCCCCGUUGUCACUGUUGUCACCUUUGUCACACUUGUCAUCGUUGUUGCUGUUGUCGCUGUUGUCGCUGUUGUCACUGUUGUCGCUGUUCUCACCCUUGUCACUGUUUUUGCUGUUGUCACACUUGUCACCGUUGUCGCUGUUGUCACGCUUGUCGCUGUUGUCGCUGUUGUCGCUGUUGUCACUCUUGUCACUCUUAUCACCGUUGUCACUGUUGUCAUUGUUGUCACUGUUGUCAGUUUUGUCGCUGUCCUCACUGUUGUCACUCUUAAAACCGUUGUCACUGUUGUUGCUGUUGUCACUGUUGUCACUGCAGUCACCGUUGUCACUGUUGUCACCCUUGUCACCGUUGUCACUGUUGUCACCCUUGUCACCAUUGUCACUGUUGUCGCUGUUGUCACUGUUGUCACUGCUGUCACCGUUGUCACUGCUGUCACCCUUGUCACCGUUGUCACUGUUGUCACCCUUGUCACCAUUGUCACUGUUGUCGCUGUUGUCACUGUUGUCACUGUUGUCACACUUGUCACUGUUGUCACCCUUGUCACCGUUGUCAGUGUUGUCGCUGUUGUCACUGUUGUCACACUUGUCACUGUUGUCACUGUUGUCGCUGUUGUCACCCUUGUCACCGUUGUCACUAUUGUCGCUUUUAUCACUGUUGUCACCCUUGUCACCCUAUUCACUGUUGUCACCGUUGACACCAUUGUCACCGUUUUUGCUGUUGUCGCUAUUGUCACUGUUGUUGCUGCUGUCACUGCUGUCACUGUUGUCACUGCUGUCACUGUUGUCGCUGUUGUCACGCUUGUCACCGUUGUCACUGUUGUCACCUUUGUCACACUUGUCAUCGUUGUUGCUGUUGUCGCUGUUGUCGCUGUUCUCACCCUUGUCACUGUUUUUGCUGUUGUCACACUUGUCACCGUUGUCGCUGUUGUCACGCUUGUCGCUGUUGUCGCUGUUGUCGCUGUUGUCACUCUUGUCACUCUUAUCACCGUUGUCACUGUUCUCAUUGUUGUCACCGUUGUCAGUUUUGUCGCUGUCCUCACUGUUGUCACUCUUAAAACCGUUGUCACUGUUGUUGCUGUUGUCACUGUUGUCACUGCAGUCACCGUUGUCACUGUUGUCACCCUUGUCACUGUUGUCACCCUUGUCACCAUUGUCACUGUUGUCGCUGUUGUCACUGUUGUCACUGCUGUCACCGUUGUCACUGCUGUCACCCUUGUCACCGUUCUCACUGUUGUCACCCUUGUCACCAUUGUCACUGUUGUCGCUGUUGUCACUGUUGUCACUGUUGUCACCCUUGUCACUGUUGUCACCCUUGUCACCGUUGUCACUGUUGUCACCCUUGUCACCGCUGUCACUGUUGUCACCCUUGUCACUGUUGUCGCUGUUGUCACUGUUGUCACACUUGUCACUGUUGUCGCUGUUGUCACCCUUGUCACCGUUGUCACUAUUGUCACUUUUAUCACUGUUGUCACCCUUGUCACCCUAUUCACUGUUGUCACCGUUGUCACCAUUGUCACCGUUUUUGCUGUUGUCGCUAUUGUCACUGUUGUCGCUGCUGUCACUGCUGUCACUGUUGUCACUGCUGUCACUGUUGUCGCUGUUGUCACGCUUGUCACCGUUGUCACUGUUGUCGCUGUUGUCACCUUUGUCACACUUGUCAUCGUUGUUGCUGUUGUCGCUGUUGUCACUGUUGUCGCUGUUGUCACCCUUGUCACUGUUUUUGCUGUUGUCACACUUGUCACCGUUGUCACGCUUGUCGUUGUUGUCACUGUUGUCGCUGUUGUCACUCUUGUCACUCUUAUCACCGUUGUCACUGUUGUCAUUGUUGUCACUGUUGUCAGUUUUGUCGCUGUCCUCACUGUUGUCACUCUUAAAACCGUUGUCACUGUUGUUGCUGUUGUCACUGUUGUCACUGCUGUCACCGUUGUCACUGUUGUCACCCUUGUCACCGUUGUCACCCUAGUCACCAUUGUCACUGUUGUCGCUGUUGUCACUGUUGUCACUGCUGUCACCGUUGUCACUGCUGUCACCCUUGUCACCGUUGUCACUGUUGUCACCCUUGUCACCAUUGUCACUGUUGUCGCUGUUGUCACUGUUGUCACUGUUGUCACUCUUGUCACUGUUGUCACCCUUGUCACCGUUGUCACUGUUGUCACCCUUGUCACCGCUGUCACUGUUGUCACCCUUGUCACUGUUGUCGCUGUUGUCACUGUUGUCACACUUGUCACUGUUGUCGCUGUUGUCACCCUUGUCACCGUUGUCACUAUUGUCGCUUUUAUCACUGUUGUCACCCUUGUCACCCUAUUCACUGUUGUCACCGUUGUCACCAUUGUCACCGUUUUUGCUGUUGUCGCUAUUCUCACUGUUGUCACUGCUGUCACUGUUGUUGCUGUUUUCACGCUUGUCACCGUUGUCACUGUUGUCGCUGUUGUCAUCUUUGUCACACUUGUCAUCGUUGUUGCUGUUGUCGCUGUUGUCACCCUUGUCACUGUUUUUGCUGUUGUCACACUUGUCACCGUUGUCGCUGUUGUCACGCUUGUCGCUGUUGUCACUCUUGUCACUCUUAUCACCGUUGUCACGGUUGUCAGUUUUGUCGCUGUCCUCACUGUUGUCACUCUUAACACCGUUGUCACUGUUGUUGCUGUUGUCACUGUUGUCACUGCUGUCACCGUUGUCACUGUCGUCACCCUUGUCACCGUUGUCACUGUUGUCACCCUUGUCACCAUUGUCACUGUUGUCGCUGUUGUCACUGUUGUCACUGUUGUCACCCUUGUCACCGUUGUCACUGUUGUCACCCUUGUCUCCGCUGUCACUGUUGUCACCCUUGUCGCCGUUGUCACUGUUGUCGCUGUUGUCACUGUUGUCACCCUUGUCACCGUUGUCACUGUUGUCGCUGUUGUCACUGUUGUCACCCUUGUCACUGUUGUCUUACUUGUUACCGUUUUCACUGCUGUCGCUGUUGUCACUGUUGUCACCCUUGUCACCGUUGUCACUGUUGUCGCUGUUGUCACACUUGUCACUGUUGUCGCUGUUGUGACUGUUGUCACCCUUGUCACCGUUGUGACUGUUAUCACACUUGUCACCGUUGUCUGUGUUGUCCAUGUUGUCACUGUUGUCGCUAUUGUCACCAUUGUCGCCGGUUUCACUUUUGUGGCUUUUGUCACUGUUGUCACGGUUGUCACCCUUGUCACCAUUGUGACUAUUGUCACUGUUGUCACCGUUGUCACUGUUGUCGCUGUUGUCACCUUUUUCAACGUUGUUACUGUUGUCGCUGUUGUUACCCUUGUCCCUGUGGUGGCUGUUGUCACUUUUGUCACGCUUGUCACCGCUGUCACAGUUGUGGCUGUUGUCACUGUUUUCACAGUUGUAACCGUUGUCGCUGUUGUUGCUGUUGUCACUGUUGUCACAGUUGUCAGGCUUGUCAACAGUGUCACUGUUGUUGCUGUUACCGCGGUUGUCACACUUGUCACGGUUGUCGCUGUUCUCACUGUUGUCGCUGUUGUCACUGUUGUCACUGUUGUCAAAGUUGUCACACUUGACACUGUUGUUACUGUUGUCGCUGUUCUGAUGCUUGUCGCUGUUCUUGCCGUAGUAACUGUUGUCACUGUUGUCACCCUUGUCACUGUUGUCACCCUUGUCACCGUUGUCACUGUUGUCACCCUUGUCACCGCUGUCACUGUUGUCACCCUUGUCACUGUUGUCGCUGUUGUCACUGUUGUCACACUUGUCACUGUUGUCGUUGUUGUCACCCUUGUCACCGUUGUCACUAUUGUCGCUUUUAUCACUGUUGUCACCCUAUUCACUGUUGUCACCGUUGUCACCGUUUUUGCUGUUGUCGCUAUUCUCACUGUUGUCGCUGCUGUCACUGCUGUUUCUGUUGUCACUGCUGUCACUGUUGUCGCUGUUGUCACGCUUGUCACCGUUGUCACUGUUGUCACCUUUGUCACACUUGUCAUCGUUGUUGCUGUUGUCGCUGUUGUCACUGUUGUUGCUGUUGUCACCCUUGUCACUGUUUUUUCUGUUGUCACACUUGUCACCGUUGUCGCUGUUGUCACGCUUGUCGUUGUUGUCGCUGUUGUCGCUGUUGUCACUCUUGUCACUCUUAUCACUGUUGUCAUUGUUCUCACUGUUGUCAGUUUUGUCGCUGUCCUCACUGUUGUCACUCUUAAAACCGUUGUCACUGUUGUUGCUGUUGUCACUGUUGUCACUGCUGUCACCGUUGUCACUGUUGUCACCCUUGUCACCGUUCUCACUGUUGUCACCCUUGUCACCAUUGUCACUGUUGUCGCUGUUGUCACUGUUGUCACUGCUGUCACCGUUGUCACUGCUGUCACCCUUGUCACCGUUGUCACUGUUGUCACUGUUGUCACCCUUGUCACCAUUGUCACUGUUGUCGCUGUUGUCACUGUUGUCACUCUUGUCACUGUUGUCACUGUUGUCACCGUUGUCACUGUUGUCACCCUUGUCACCGUUGUCACUGUUGUCACCCUUGUCACUGUUGUCGCUGUUGUCACUGUUGUCACACUUGUCACUGUUGUCGCUGUUGUCACCCUUGUCACCGUUGUCACUAUUGUCGCUUUUAUCACUGUUGUCACCCUUUUCACCCUAUUCACUGUUGUCACCGUUGUCACCAUUGUCACCGUUUUUGCUGUUGUCGCUAUUCUCACUGUUGUCGCUGCUGUCACUGCUGUCACUGUUGUCACUGCUGUCACUGUUGUUGCUGUUUUCACGCUUGUCACUGUUGUCGCUGUUGUCAUCUUUGUCACACUUGUCAUCGUUGUUGCUGUUGUCGCUGUUGUCACCCUUGUCACUGUUUUUGCUGUUGUCACACUUGUCACCGUUGUCGCUGUUGUCACGCUUGUCGCUGUUGUCACUCUUGUCACUCUUAUCACCGUUGUCACGGUUGUCAGUUUUGUCGCUGUCCUCACUGUUGUCACUCUUAACACCGUUGUCACUGUUGUUGCUGUUGUCACUGUUGUCACUGCUGUCACCGUUGUCACUGUUGUCACCGUUGUCACCCUUGUCACCAUUGUCACUGUUGUCACUGUUGUCACCCUUGUCACUGUUGUCACUCUUGUCACUGUUGUCACCCUUGUCACCGUUGUCACUGUUGUCACCCUUGUCUCCGCUGUCACUGUUGUCACCCUUGUCGCUGUUGUCACUGUUGUCACUGUUGUCACCCUUGUCAUCGUUGUCACUGUUGUCGCUUUUGUCACUGUUGUCACCCUUGUCACUGUUGUCUUACUUGUUACUGUUUUCACUGCUGUCGCUGUUGUCACUGUUGUCACCCUUGUCACCGUUUUCACUGUUGUCGCUGUUGUCACACUUGUCACUGUUGUCGCUGUUGUGACUGUUGUCACCCUUGUCACCGUUGUGACUGUUAUCACACUUGUCACCGUUGUCUGUGUUGUCCAUGUUGUCACUGUUGUCGCUAUUGUCACCAUUGUCGCCGGUUUCACUUUUGUGGCUGUUGUCACUGUUGUCACUGUUGUCACCCUUGUCACCAUUGUGACUGUUGUCACUGUUGUCACCGUUGUCACUGUUGUCGCUGUUGUCGCUGUUGUCACCUUUUUCAACGUUGUUACUGUUGUCGCUGUUGUCACCCUUGUCCCUGUGGUGGCUGUUGUCGCUUUUGUCACGCUUGUCACUGCUGUCACAGUUGUGGCUGUUGUCACUGUUGUCACAGUUGUAACCAUUGUCGCUGUUGUUGCUGUUGUCACUGUUGUCAGGCUUGUCAACAGUGUCACUGUUGUUGCUGUUACCGCGGUUGUCACACUUGUCACGGUUGUCGCUGUUCUCACUGUUGUCGCUGUUGUCACUGUUGUCAAAGUUGUCACACUUGACACUGUUGUUACUGUUGUCGCUGUUCUCAUGCUUGUCGCUGUUCUUGCUGUAGUAACUGUUGUCACUCUUGUCACUCUUCUUACCGUUGUCACUGUUGUCGCUGUGUUCACUGUUCUCACUGUUGUCGCUUUUGUCGCUGUUUUCACUGUUGUCACCCUUAGCAGUUGUCACUGUUGUCACUAUUGUCGCUUUUAUCACUAUUAUCACCCUUGUCACUAUUGUCGCUCUUGUCGCUGUUUUCACUCUUGUCACCGCUGUUACUGUUGUCGCUGUUGUCACCCUAGUCACCGUUGUCACUUUUGUCACUGUUGUCACCGUUGUCACCAUUGUCACCGUUUUUGCUGUUGUCGCUAUUGUCACUGUUGUCACUGUUGUCACUGCUGUCACUGUUGUCGCUGUUGUCACGCUUGUCACCGUUGUCACUGUUGUCGCUGUUGUCACCUUUGUCACUUGUCAUCGUUGUUGCUGUUCUCGCUGUUGUCACUGUUGUCGCUGUUGUCACCCUUGUCACUGUUUUUGCUGUUGUCACACUUGUCACCGUUGUCGCUGUUGUCGCUGUUGUCACUCUUGUCACUCUUAUCACCGUUGUCACUGUUGUCAUUGUUGUCAGUUUUGUCGCUGUCCUCACUGUUGUCACUCUUAACACCGUUAUCACUGUUGUUGCUGUUGUCACUGUUGUCACUGCUGUCACCGUUGUCACCCUUGUCACCGUCGUCACUGUUGUCACCCUUGUCACCAUUGUCACUGUUGUCACACUUGUCACUGUUGUCACUGUUGUCGCUGUUGUCACCCUUGUCACCGUUGUCACUAUUGUCACUUUUAUCACUGUUGUCACCCUUGUCACCGUUUGUCUGUUGUCCUGUUGUCACUAUUGUCACUGUUGUUUUAUCACUGUUGUUGUCACCCUUGUCACCCUAUUCACUGUUGUCACCCUUGUCACCCUAUUCACUGUUGUCACCGUUGUCACCGUUUUUGCUGUUGUCACUAUUGUCACUGUUGUCGCUGCUGUCACUGCUGUCACUGUUGUCACUGCUGUCACUGUUGUCGCUGUUUUCACGCUUGUCACCGUUGUCACUGUUGUCGCUGUUGUCACUGUUGUCACCCUUGUCACCGUUGUCACUGUUGUCACUAUUGUCACUGUUGUCGCUGUUGUCACUCUUGUCACCGUUGUCACCGUUGUCACUGUUGUCACCCUUGUCACCGUUGUCACUGUUUUCACCCUUGUCACCGUUGUCACUGUUGUCACCCUUGUCACCGCUGUCACUGUUGUCACCCUUGUCACCGUUGUCACUGUUGUCGCUGUUGUAACUGUUGUCACACUUGUCACUGUUGUCACUGUUGUCGCUGUUGUCACCCUUGUCACCGUUGUCACUAUUGUCGCUUUUAUCACUGUUGUCACCCUUGUCACCCUAUUCACUGUUGUCACCGUUGUCACCAUUGUUACCAUUGUCACCGUUUUUGCUGUUGUCGCUUUUGUCACUGUUGUCGCUGCAGUCACUGAUGUCACUGUUGUCACUGCUGUCACUGUUGUCGCUGUUUUCACGCUUGUCACCGUUGUCACUGUUGUCGCUGUUGUCAUCUUUGUCACACUUGUCAUCGUUGUUGCUGUUGUCGCUGUUGUCACCCUUGUCACUGUUUUUGCUGUUGUCACACUUGUCACCGUUGUCACUGUUGUCACCCUUGUCACCAUUGUCACUGUUGUCACUCUUGUCACUCUUAUCACCGUUGUCACUGUUGUCAGUUUUGUCGCUGUUCUCACUGUUGUCACUCUUAUCACCGUUGUCACUGUUGUUGCUGUUGUCACUGUUGUCACUGCUAUCACCGUUGUCACUGUUGUCACCCUUGUCACCGUUGUCACUGUUGUCACCCUUGUCACCAGUUGUCACUGUUGUCGCUGUUGUCACCCUUGUCACUGUUGUCACUCUUGUCACUGUUGUCACCCUUGUCACCGUUGUCACUGUUGUCACCCUUGUCACCGUUGUCACUGUUGUCACCCUUGUCACUGUUGUCACCCUUGUCUCCGCUGUCACUGUUGUCACCCUUGUCACCGUUGUCACUGUUGUCGCUGUUGUCACUGUUGUCACUGUUGUCACCCUUGUCACCGUUGUCACUGUUGUCGCUGUUGUCACUGUUGUCACCCUUGUCACUGUUGUCUUACUUGUUACCGUUUUCACUGCUGUCGCUGUUGUCACUGUUGUCACCCUUGUCACCGUUGUCACUGUUGUCGCUGUUGUCACACUUGUCACUUUUGUCGCUGUUGUGACUUUUGUCACCCUUGUCACCGUUGUCACUGUUGUCACACUUGUCACCGUUGUCUGUGUUGUCCAUGUUGUCACUGUUGUCACUGUUGUCGCUAUUGUCACCAUUGUCGCCGGUUUCACUUUUGUGGCUGUUGUCACUGUUGUCACUGUUGUCACCCUUGUCACCAUUGUGACUGUUGUCACUGUUGUCACCGUUGUCACUGUUGUCGCUGUUGUCACCUUUUUCAACGUUGUUACUGUUGUUGCUGUUGUCACCCUUGUCCCUGUUGUGGCUGUUGUCACUUUUGUCACGCUUGUCACCGCUGUCACAGUUGUGGCUGUUGUCACUGUUGUCACAGUUGUAACCGUUGUCGCUGUUGUUGCUGUUGUCACUGUUGUCACAGUUGUCAGGCUUGUCAACAGUAUCACUGUUGUUGCUAUUGCCGCGGUUGUCACACUUGUCACUGUUGUCGCUGUUCUCACUGUUGUCGCUGUUCUCACUGUUGUCGCUGUUGUCACUGUUGUCACUGUUGUCACACUUGACACUGUUGUUACUGUUGUGGCUGUUUUCAUGCUUGUUGCUGUUCUUGCUGUAGUAACUGUUGUCACUCUUGUCACUCUUCUUACCGUUGUCACUGUUGUCGCUGUGUUCACUGUUCUCACUGUUGUCGCUUUUGUCGCUGUUUUCACUGUUGUCACCCUUAGCAGUUGUCACUGUUGUCGCUGUUGUCGGUGUUGUCACCCUUGUCACCCUUGUCAUCGUUAUCACUGUUGUCGCUGUUGUCACACUUGUCACCGUUGUCCCUGUUGUCACUGUUUUCACCCUUGUCACCGUUUUCACUAUUGUCACCCUUGUCAAAUGUUGUCAGUGUUGUCGCUGUUAUCACUGUUGUCACACCUUUCACCGUUGUCGCUGUUGUCACUGUUGUCACCCUUGUCACCGUUGUCACUGUUUUUACUGUUGUCCCUGUUGUCACUGUUGUCGCUGUUGUCACCCUUGUCACUCUUGUCCCUGUUGUCACUUUUGUCACACCUGUCACCGUUGUCGCUGUUGUCGAUGUUGUCAGUGUUGUCGCGGUUGUCACCCUUGUAACCGUAAUCACUCUUGUCACAGUUGUCACCAUUGUCACUUUUGUUGCUGUGUUUAGUGUUGUCAGUGUUGUCGCUGUUGUCACUGUUGUCACCCUGGUCACCAUUGUCGCUGUUUUCACUCUUGUCACCGCUGUUACUGUUGUCGCUUUUGUCACCCUAGUCACCGUUGUCACUUUUGUCACUGUUGUCACUAUUAUCACUGUUGUUGCUGUUGUUGUCAGUGUUGUCGCUGUUGUCACUUUUGCCACCCUUGUCACUGUUGUUGCUGUUGUCAUGCUUGUCGCUGUUGUCGCUGUUGUCACUCUUGUCACUCUUGUCACCGUUUUUACUGUUGUCGCUGUCGUCACGGUUCUCACCGUUAUCACUGUUGUCGCUUUUGUCGCUGUUCUCACUGUUGUCACCCUUAACAUCGUUGUCACUGUUGUUGCUGUUGUCACUGUUGUCACCGUUGUCACUGUUGUCACUGUUGUCAUCCUUGUUACCGUUGUCAGUGUUGUCACCCUUGUCACCGUUGUCAGUGUUGUCGCAGUUGUUUCUGUUGUCACCGUUGUCACUGUUGUCGCUGUUGUCACCCUUGUCACCGUUGUCACUGUUGUCUCACUUGUCACCGUUGUCACUGUUGUCGCUGUUGUCACACUUGUCACUGUUGUCGCUGUUGUCAGUGUUGUCAAUGUUUUCGCUGUUGUCACCCUUGUAACCGUAAUCACUGUGGUCACUGUUGUCACAGUUGUCACGAUUGUCACUGUUGUUGCUUUUUUCAGUGUUGAUGGUGUUGUCACUGUUUUCACCCUUGUCACCAUUGUCACUGUUGUCGCUGUCGUCACUUUUUUUCACCUUUGUCACCGCUGUUACUGUUGUCGCUGUUGUCACCCUAAUCACCGUUGUCACUGUUGUCACAGUUGUUGCUUAUCACUUGCUUAUUAUCACUGUUGUUGCUUUUGUCAGUGUUGUCGCUGUUGUCACUUUUGCCACCCUUGUCACCGUUGUCACUUUCGUCACUGUUGUCACCGUUGUCACUGUUGUCGCUGUUGUCAAUGUUGUCACCCUUGUUACCGCUGUCGCUGUUGUUGCUGUUGUUAGUGUUGUCACUGUUGUCGCUGUUGUCACUGUUGUUACCCUUGUCACCGUUGUCACUGUUGUUGAUGUUGUCACCCUCUUCACCGUUGUCACUGUUGUCGCUGUUGUCACUGUUGUCACACUUGUCACUGUUGUCGCUGUUGUCACUGUUUUCACCUUUGUCAUCGCUUUUACUGUUGUCACUGUUGUGAGACUUGUCACACUUGUCACCGUUUUCGCUGUUGUCACGCUUGUCACUGUUGUCACUGUUGUCGCUUUUGUCGCUGUCCUCACUGUUGCCAACGUUUUCACUGUUGUCGCUGUUCUGAGUGUUGUAACCCCUGUCACCGUUGUCGCUGUUGUCACUGUUGUCACCCUUGUCACUGUUGUCGCUGUUGUCACCCUUGUCACGAUUAUCACUGUAGUCACUGUUGUCACUGUUGUCACAGUUGUCACUGCUAUCACCGUCGUCACCGUUGUCGCUGUUGUUACUGUUGUCACUGUUGUCACCAUUGUCACAGUUGUCACUAUUGUCACCAUUCUCCCUGUUGUCACUGUCGUCACCCUUUCACUGUUGUCACUGUUGUUGCUGUUGUCAGUGUUGUCACCCUUGUCACCGUUGUCACUUUUGUCACUGUUGUCACUGAUGUUACCCUUGUCACUGUUGUUGCGUGGUCGCUGUUUUUACCGUUGUCAGCAUUGUUGCUGUUGUCACCUUUGUCACUGUCGUCGCUGUUGACGCUGUUGUCACUGCUGUCUCUUUUUUUACAUGGGCUUUUUUUCUAGGAUGGAUGCUUGUAAUGAACGUAGACUAUGUAAGCUAGUUUAAUACUGACUGAUCUUCGUUUCUAUGCUUAAUUAUGUUGUUAAAAUUUUGUUUUUAGAAAGAACAUUUCCGGCGGUCGUUGUGUCAAAUUCUGCUUGCGGCCCAGUCAACCCAUGCUUAUUUGGUGGCCACUGUAUACCCGUGGGCAUCGAGUUUACUUGUGCAUGUCCCUCGGGACGUGGAGGAUCACGCUGCGAGAAAACAAGUAUGUAAACAAUGUUAUAUUUUCUUUACGCUUCAUAUUCCUGUAAAUAUGAAGUCAACUAUUAACGAUGAUGGAGUGUUGCUCUGGAACUUUAUUGGCGAAUCCUUUAUGGAUUAAUUUACUUGGCCACAAUAAUAUUAGGUCAUCAAAAUUGACGGUACACCCGCCAUUCAGAGGGAUAGAGUACAGAUUAAGGCUGUUGGUACAGUGAGCUAAGAGUCCCUGCGCCUCGCAUUAAAAAAAGCCAGCAUUGAUAGCAGUUUUUUAUGUGUACAAAAACUAAAAGAGCAACCCUAUUGAAAUUAAAGUUUCUAACUAGCUAAGAAUCUACAUGAUUAUUUCCAGAAUGGGGAGAAGGCUCCCCUUACUGGUAGCAGGAAAAAUGUGAAGUUGGUCAGUCACAUUAGCGUUCAGCCAUUUAUUUCUCUUAAAAAUAAAUUUCAUUCUCGUGAGUUAUGUCAGUGUUCAGAAAAUGCAAAUGUUCUCAAUGUUACGAUCGCACAGUCUACUAAGAACUUUAUUCAACCGCUGUCUACUCAGAUCUAUAAUGAUGCAAUCACGGCAAUGCUCACAACAGAUGACUGCAAACUGUAUUUCUGAGAAUAUCACCGUUUUCAAGUACUUUUUACUACGACUGGUUCCUGACUGUACUGAGCUGACUAGGACUGUAGAUAAUACUUCAUGGGACUUCGAGGUCAUUGAGGCAUUGACAUUGAAGAAAUUUAGGGCUUAAUUGCCUUAAUGUUCAGUACGUUAUAAACGCCUACACUAAACAGCUUGCCAAUUAAUGUUACGACAUGCAAAGCAUAGAUGACAAUGCCAUUGCAACCUCGGUGGCGGCUACAGGAGAGGGGCUGGCUGGGACCCCCUUAUUUUUAGAGGAAACCGAGACCCGAAGGGCCGAAAAAAAAAUUGGAGACCGCCCCCUCUCCUCAUCUCAAGGUCUGGGUCUGGUCUCAAACACGAAACAAUGCAAUCCACUAUCUUAACAUAACUUUUCGCUGUACAUAAAGACGAGGAGGACGUUUCUCAGGAAAAUUACAUUAACUGUCCAACGUUCACCUACAUUUUACGGCGGUGAUAGAUACCUCUUUUAAACUGCACGUUCAACAUUGAUUGACAAAAAUUCAAAUCAUUUUUCGUAAAAAAAAGUUACCACUAAUUGCAGAAUCGUUCAUCCGUUCAAACUACAAUCCUGGACAAACGUUCUUGGGACAGUACUGCAAUAUUCAUAGUUUUCUGUCAUUUCUCGGGUCCCUCUUAAAACAGUGCAUCCUUUUCGAAAUUUUCUUGCAGUUCUCCCUCCCCCACCCUAUACAAAGUUGAAACUCGGAAAAAAUUCAAUAAUCCAAGCGUCCAACAUUGUUUGUGGGGUAAGGGGAGGGGUUGGGCCUGUGUGAAUUGGAAAACGCCUCGGAAACGCAAAAGUGUUCCAAGACUUUUGCCCAUGAUUGUAGGUCUAUUCUCAUUAACCCUUUAAGUCCCAAUAGUGCUCAAAAUCAAUUUUCUCCUAACGAUAUCCAUAGACUAUCAUGAGCAAAGUCUAUGAGAAUUAACAAAAUGAUCCCAAAGAGAAAAAUCUUUACCAAAUUCUCUCAACUAAUUCUUCAAGGAAAUGUAUGGAGAUCAGUUUGGAGAAUUUGUACGUGGAUAUUCGGACUUAAAGGGUUAAGGCUAAGUUCACACUGUACCGGGAAGUAUAUCCGGGGCGGCACAAGUCGUUCACACACAUCGAACCUCGUGUCGGCGCGCUUAGCCGAGAGGGUUUGGUGCAAUGAAUUCCAGUCCUCCCUCCUGAAUAUUUACUUCCCUCUCAGUGGGUUCCAGUCCACGCUCCUGAUAAUUCACUUUCACAACCGUUCUUGUGUGUGAACAGAAGCCCUAUCUUAUAAGACUUUUAUGGCGGCGCAACAGCUAUCCGGUAUGGUGUGAAGAUAGCCGUAAUACCAUAUUUUGAGCUGCAGAUAAUGUGAAGAUAGCCGUAAUACCAUAUUUUGAGCUGCAGAUAAUGUGAAGAUAGCCGUAAUACCAUAUUUUGAGCUGCAGAUAAUCUGAAGAUAGCUGUAAUACCAUAUUUUGAGCUGAAGAUAAUAUGAAGAUAGCCGUAAUACAACACUUUGAGCUGCAGAUAAUUUUCAUCACCUGAGAUCGAAGCACAAUCACCUAUUGUUAUAUUUUGUUUAGAACCGAUACGAGAAUUCAGAACCCUGAACGUUCCUCUUAAGUUAUGCGAGCAGCGCAAGUAACUAUUUAAGCAGGACAUAUGUAUCUCCUGAAGGUUUUGGAGAGUGAGGAGGUUUAUGCUGAUAUAAGUGCCAUCACUCGCCCCUACUUGAAAACUUCUUUUCAGUUUUAAUUCGGGAUCAACAGUUCUCGUUCACUACAGCUUUUGUUCUUGCACACCCCUUUAAGUAACUGCUUUUUGGUUUUGGUUUUUGUUUUUUUAUUUCAUUUUCUAUUCUUAUCCAGCGUUUGAACUUUAUAUUAUUAUUAAAUAUUUUACCCAUCAAGAAAAGUUCCGAUAAUUGUGCGCAACUUAAUUGCAAACUAUUUGCCAUUUUAAUAAAUCCUUCUUGUUGAAAACUAAGACUUUUCUUAGUAUUCAUGUAAGUGUUACGUCUAAUUCAAAAACUACGGACGUUAACUCUGAAUAUUACAGGACAUCACCCAGACAAGAUGGUGGUGUACCCGACCCUGUAGAAAGUGUUUUAAUCUCCCAAGUAUGCCUGCCCGAAAUUCGUUAUCUAUUUCUCAAACCCAUUCUUCAUACCAGUUUUAGACUUUCGUAGCCGUUUUUUCGGUAAACGGAAUUGAUUUGUGCAACUGUGUAACGCGAUUCCGGGACGAAAUUUACCAGUCCUGAAUUUUGCUUACCAUGUUAGUUCCCAAAACGUGAACCUACCGGUUUGCCCAUAUAAAUGGUGCACAACCCAGCAGUCAUACGCGAAACUCUUUUCCUGAAACUGUUGACUAAAUUGUUUGUUUGUUUUUUUGGCGUUGUGGACACCAUUGUUGGUUCGCUUGUGGUUUGUGGUGUAGUAUUGUUCCAUAUCUUUUUAAUCUUUUGUAUUACGUCAUUUAGUCCUAGAGGGUACGUCCUAAUAACAGGCUAAUGGGGAUGUGCCGCUGGAUGGGGUCGCGUUUUAACGGCUGGAUUGACUAUAAUGGGGUUGCAUUUUCAUUAGAGUUACUAGAAUGGGAUCGCACAUUUUCGGGAUUUGGGGAUCAGAAAAUUCAGGUAGGUAGGGAUUUUAAAAUGGGAAGAUUUUUUCUCAAGUUUAACCAAUGUGUCAGCUCAUUUCAGGAUGACGUAGUUAAAUGGCUUUAUAAGGCAGAUGCAUAAAUAGAAAGUUACUUAGGUGGGAUUACGAACAUUACAUUUUCCCAAAAGUGACUUAGAUGGGAUCUGUAUUUGGCAACAGAGUAGACUAUAAUGGGGUAGAGGUUAUUAGAGGCCAGCGGCACAUACCCAGCAAAAAUUAACCCAGGUCCUGAACCCCUCUCCGCGCAUUUGGCGAUUGCACCCGUCCGCAGCUGCCCACCUACCCCUCUCCUAAGCCAAUAUUUUGUCCUAAGUGAGAAGAAAGAGUUAAUGUUGGCUUAGGGGAGGGGUCGGUUGACAGUUUCCCGGAAAAGUAAAAUGAUCCAAAACUACUACUAAAUUACAAUUCUGGUGUUCUUUGAAAGAUUUAUCGCAGGGAAGUAAGUGCAGUAGAUGUCAUCACCACGCAGUUUGUCUUUACAGCCAAUGCUUCUGUAGACCCGGCUUUACCGGCGACGGAAAAACGUGUCGAACCAGUAAGUAAACCAAACUUGUGUCUACAAAACGUAUACACCAGAUUAUUUAGCGCUGAAAAGUCCCUAUUAAGUUAACGUUUUCAAAGCACUAAAAAUGCUGAGUUUCAGUGGCCAAAUUGUUAAAGACGAAGAUAUAAAUUGUGUGUUUUUUAGAUGACCAUUAAUUUAAACUACGCCAAGCAAAUCUAGCUUAAUUUGAUUAAUCUACCAAUAUUCAACCAGAUGAAUCCCACUAUAUGUAUAGUUUUAAGUUCUAGGUAAGAUCAUUCAUUUAAAAGUCAUGUAAUAGAUUAGUGUGCCAGUACGUAGCAAAGUGUCCCGAAUUAGCUAACUGUUAAGCUAAAUACAUUGACGCUAAAAUAAAUUUAUUAUAAUUAUUAUUACUAAAUAAUCUGGUUUCCUACGCUAUCCCGUAAAUUUAUGAUUAUGACCAAAAGCAUUUUUUAAAAUGUAUGAAAAUGCCAGAAGUCCGUUUUCUAAGAGCUUUUUUUUUCAUAUUGUUUUCUUUUAAAAGAAAAUCCCUUCUGCCAUCCAAACCCGUGUUUGAAUGGCGGCACAUGCCGAGAGGAAGAAACCGAAGACCCAGACAAAAAAGAGUGGUGGUGUGAAUGUGCAAAGGGAUACAAUGGAAAAUAUUGUAAUGGUAAGGAAUAGUGAAGGGUUUCUCAUACAGAGGGCCGCCCCGGUUAUACCCAGACGAUUUUUUUUUCUCAGUAAUCCUUCAGAAAAGAGUUUGUUUCAGUUCUAGUUACCUCUCCGAUGAACUGAUCCCACGCCGAUCCUUUGCAUGCCCUUUUCCUGAAUCCGUGGCUUCGAACUUGUCUUCAUAAGGUGUUUCUUCCAUAACCACGGAUGAAAAGAAAAAAAGAAAACUCGCUGCAAAGAUUCGUCAUUUAAUCCACCGACUCAUCUUUUUGUGACAUAGAAAUAUAGUCAUCACAGCAGGAUAUUGCGUUUUGAAAGUUGGGUGCGACAUGCGUUCUUCCUUACUUUUAAAUCCGGCAUUUUUACUCAAGUGGCCAACAUCUAUGCAAGUUUAUUGCGACAAAAAAAAACCGUUUACAUGAGAAAAGACUUAGACGCCCACAGGACUAGUUUAUAAGGCCGCAGUUUCAUUGUUUUGGGACACCAAUAUUGCGGACAGCCUCAUAUGAAAAGGCUCUAUAGUUAUACAUAGAGCAGCUGACUAAGAAAAACUUUUAAAAGUAGGUUCAGUUUGAUGGUCUGGGUGAACGUAGUCCUGAAUAGGACUGUUGUUGUUAACAGAGACUGACGUUUCGACAACCUGCGCGGUAGUCAUCUUCAGAGUCAAAGUGAGUUGUAUCACGUCAGUUGACUCCUGGGUUCAAACCUUUCACAAAAACUUUUAAUUUGACAUUAAAAAGAUGUGUUUAAUUUAUUACUAACAGUGUAAACCACAUUAUCUUUUUGUAGAGUAUGAUCCCUGCACCAAUUUUCAAUGCCAUAACGGCGGACGAUGCGAAACCAUCAACAAUGCUCCACUAUGCAAUUGCGCAGAACCAUAUGAAGGAACUAAUUGCCUUCGUAAGUCCAUAAUCUUUGUUCUUUUUACAGAAAUAUUUCCCAGGUCGGGUGUCUUCUGACCACCUUCGUGUUGCAAUGGCGGUUAUGCCUUAAAGGGGCUCUUUCAUGGUUGUUUGUUAAUUUUGUUAAUAAUUACAGAAUGGAACGUUUCAGAUACAAGCAUCAAAAAGAAAUCCUUAAUUGCCGGUUUAAGCGCACUUUAUACAAGAAAUUUUUAACUGAUCAGAAAGUCUCCCCGCUCGUCAAGAUAUGAGGCUUCUUUAAAGUAACAUUUUAUUUCAGGAAAAGUUUGCCUUUUUCGAACGUAUUUUAGGCUUUAUGUAUAGUGUUAGAAUUCUUCUGAUACUUAUUUUACUUUUAUACUGUAAUGAGGGGCAUGAAUGUAUCUGUGUUUUAUUAACUUUUGUGAAGUGUUACCCUCCAUUUUCCUUAUUGGCUUUUGAACUAGAGAACUUACUUGAGAAUGACAAAAUCAAAGCUUUGCGUGAAACACAUGUCUGCCAAGCAUUGUAUCAAAAAUUACAAACAAGAAAAAUGAACUUUGAAUAACUAUUUUGCAUUCCGUUUCAAUCUUCUUCAUGUUUGUCCAUCGGUGCCUUCUUUUGUAUUUGCACUGCUGUUUAACCUUCUUUGCCUUUUUUGAGCGCGUUAUGUCUCACUCAGUUUUGAAUUCUGAUAAACUUCGUGACACAGCUCCUUUAACCCUUUAAACCCUAAGAUCAAAAUUUGAAUUCUCAUUUGUUGCCCCUAUUCAUUUCUUACAGAAGUAGAGGGGAGAAGUUGAUAAAAUAUCAAGCAAAUUCAUCUUGUGUGAUCAUGUCCGUAAUUCUCAUGACCACUCUGUUUUUCAAAGCAUUGAUAUUACAAGGAGAAAUUUGAUGCUGAUCACUCUUAGGGCUUAAAGGGUUAAGCCCUGAAGAGAUAUAGAGGGCUGAGCUUUCUGCCAGUACCUGUUACUUGCCGAAUGUGCUUUUGACAUUUGUUUUCUUGGAACGCGAAAUGAAAAUGUAUAGUACAUCUACACUUAAGAGAGCAAACUGUACUAACUAAUGAAUAUUUUGUUUCUGUAGUUGAUAAUGCGUGCAAACCCAAAGAUGGUGUAAACAGAAACCCUUGCAAAAAUGGCGCAAAAUGCGAAUUUGACAACAAAAAUGGUGAAAUAACCUGCAUUUGUCCUACUUCCUAUGAAGGCCCGACAUGCAGUGGUAAGGCUGACCAUACUUACGGAAAUUUGCAAGUUAUACGUGCUACGUAAUAGAGAGGAGAAGUCUUUACGUCAUGUUGCCAUGGUGGCCAAAUUUUUGGAUCUCAACAAACCGUGUUCCUGAAAAUAUGGCAGAAAGAAACGAAAAAAAAUUGCCGUCUAUGACUUGUUAAUGGUUGCACUCGGGACAAAACGAUAGGCCAUACUUUCCUUUCAUCGUUCGACAAUGUAAACGGCCGUCUCUAGCAAGAAAGAUUGUUGAGAUACGAAAAUUUUGCUUCCAUGGUAAAGUGACGUCAUACCUCUCUUCUGUGUAUACGUUAUAUUUGAUGCAAAUACCAAUAGUUAGCUUCAUUAUUCGACCUAACAUGCUAUGACCUUGCCUCAUUUAGUAUGACUAUUUUUUCUUCCCAUAUUUUUCUUUAAAGAAAACAAGUGCGACAAAUGUGACAAAAAACACGCAUUUUGUGAAAACGGAAUUUGCAAGUGCAAGCCACCUUACAUAGGAGACGGUAUAACAUGCAAAGAACCAGAGAAACCGAAAUCGCGUAAGUGAAUUAAUGGUCGAAAGUUAUUUUAUAUCAUAAACGAUAUACAAUGAGUGUUAACAAAACUGCUGGAUCACUUUCUCUUUUUUGCAUAGUCGACAUAUCUAUCCCCCCCCCCCGAGAGCCCCUUCCCCUAACUCCCUCCCCCAAAAUUAACUCGUGUCUUUCUUCAACUACAAACAACAUUGAUUCGGUGGUGGGGGAAAUAAACCGAAUAGUUACAGGAAUUUAAACAGAUUAGUUUAUAGUUACAGUCUAUUAUAGCUACAGUCCAUGAAAAAGUAAAUGUAAUUUCUUUACCUGCCAGACAAGGUUUAGCGCGUUUCAGAUCGAAUUAGUGUUUCUGGAGAGAGGGGGGAAUAAUAUAACUGGAGAAAAACCUUUCGCAUGGGAACAAGGGAGUGAAACCACACCAAUCUCACCCUACGCGUAACAACACCCCCGGAAUUAGAACUCGCGCCAAGAGGGGUGGGGGUGUUACGUUACAAUUAAACGCUUCAAACAAACCCGUGGCCGGCGUUUUGACAGAAAUUUAUGUCCUAGUUCCUUGGUACUUCGUCAAGGUCGUGUUAAACGGUUUUGGGUUUGGAUUACUUUGAAAUGUAGAUGUACAAAACUCGUCAGAAAAUAGGGAGAGAACAAAGACGAAACGUUUUGUUCCUACCGCUUUCACUUCUGUCCAAGUUUCAUGAUCUGAACAUGAACAAAGCGUUUUAUUUGUCCCAGCCUCUGCUAUCAUUCACGAAAGCAUUCCCAGUUUAUGUUCUAAUUCAUAUUUUACCCAACUUUUUACAGGCGCACCUAGCAAGAAUCCACAACAACUUGCAAAUAGCUGCAAUCCAAACAAAUGCCUAAAUAAUGCGCAAUGCAUUGAAGGAAAAUCAACGUUCUUCUGUGUCUGUCCGCCGAACACUUCUGGUAGGCUUUGCGAGAAAAAGACUACACCAACAACAGGUACCACAAUAGUAGCUAAUUGAUUUACGGUAUGGAUAAAGCCUUAUUGGCUACUUCCCAUAACGGAUUCAAUUAUUUGAGCUUAGGAGGAUAAUAUUUGCUGAUUUAAAACUUAGAAAAAAAAAAAGAUGUAAAGCAAAACCCUGCAAAUAUUUCAUGCUAUAAAUUUGUAACAGUUUUCUUCGAUGUUUGUUCUUGUUAUUACAUGACAGCUCCACCUAAAGCAGCAUGUCAUCCCAAUCCUUGUCUUAAUGGGGGAAUAUGCAAAGAAACUGGAGUCAACCAGGACUUUGACUGCAUCUGUCCUAACCCUCGCUUUAAGGGACGCUUUUGUGAUGGUAAGACUGGCGAAAUUUAUGUCAAUUUAUGUAACUUUAAGUGUAAACGUUAUACUUGGAUAUAAUUUAUGUCAAGUUAUUCUUACUAAUAUUAUCCAAGACCUUUUCAGCGAAGAACAUUCUGUUCUGAGCUGGACAAGUAUAGGUCUAGCCAAACUGCAUUUUCCUCUGGCCAAAACGGAGUACACUUAACUAAGGCAAAUUCUGUUAAGGCGACUAACACGAAAAUUUGUACCACUAUCUCGUAACAUCACUGCAACAUCGCUAUUACUUUUCCGCAAAAUCGCAAAAUCACCGAACUUGUUUUUGUUUGUUUGCUUGUUUUUAUUAUUAUUAUUGUUGUUGUUGUUGGGCAUGCUUUUUCAAAAUUUCUCGUCCAUGGUACCUUUAUUCCUAUCCCUGGGACUUCGCCAUCUCUUUGCCGAAAAAAGCAAAAUCGCAGGAUUUGUUUUUGUUUGUUUGUUUUUUUACUAUUGGCCAAGUUUUUUUAAAAAAAUCGUUUCCAUUUUCUUUUUUUGCUUUAGUAUAAUCAUUUCCUUCUGUUCUUGCAGUGGACAUGUGCGCCGAGUGCGAUCCUCACGCUCGAUGCAUUAAUGGAAAGUGUUUUUGCCGAAGAGGGUACACAGGAGAUGGAUAUACUUGCAAGAAAGGUAAACGAAGUUCUGCCAACCAGGGCUCCGUUUCUCGAAAGUACCCGUAACUUUUCGGUUCCGAAGGCAAAAUUUAAAGUCAAACCAGUGAAGGUCCCCAAUACGUUUUUCGGGAUCCGGGAUUUCCCUUAUUUGAAGCUCGGGACCCGGGAUUUUAAAGCAAAAUGGGGGCGAGAUUCGGGAUUUGAAAGUAUACGCUCGAGUUAGAAUGCUUACAAUAACCCUCGGGAUUACGGAUUGCACGAAACUUUGGGUCGGGAUUACGGGAUUGAAGAACCCUAUUGGAGACCCUCAGCAGUUAUAUACUAACAUGGUUCCUACCUCACAAACCAGUCAAGUUUUGUUUCGUUUACUGAUAGUUUCAUUGUAUCAUUUUCAAAUCUAUCAAAACGUUGUACUUGGAUAUAACCAUGGAUAACCAAAAAAAGCUUUCCAGGCCCGAAAAAAUAACGGGACUUUCGAGAAUCAUACCCCAGGAACCAGAAAAAGGAAAACAUUCCGGAAGUUUUAUCAUGUUAGGAAUUUAUACAGUGACCUCAACUAAGCUUACCCCUGUUGCUCGUGUAUAUCCUGUAUUUUGUACUCCUAUCCAACAUGGAUUCCUAGAGAAAAUAUAAAAAUUUGUUAGUCUGUUCAAUCGUAAAAAGACAGGAAGACAUUUAGGAUCUAACCUUUCAUGCACAUACUAAAAGACUGUGUAGGAUUCUAGAAAUAAGGUAUAGGAAUGAAUUGACUUGCUCGUGACAAAGCACUGCUGCCGUUUAAGCGUAUUAUUUUUUCGAACGAGAAGUUAUGUACUCUUUGAAAAACGAGCACGAGUGUAUUGUCAGGUUUAAAAGCUCGAGGCGAAGCCGAGAGUUCUUAAACCUAUACGUAUACACGACUGCGAGGUUUUUGAACGGUUUCAAAAUCUCUGAUAUAGAUCAAUUCAUUCUUGCACUAAUAUUUAGGUUUGGGGUUAUUUUUAAAAAUAGAGUGUUUUCACUCGCGUGGCCAGGAUCUAUGCAAAUUUAUUGGAACAAAAGAAAGCGUUUGCAUAAGAAAGGAGUUCAACUCCCACAGGACUGGUUUGGGACACCAACAUGGCCGCCGUUUCAUUGUUUUGGGACAACAACAUGGCCUCCUUGACGUCCUGUGAAAACACUCUAUGGGACAAAAAGUUCAAUUAUUAUGAAUUAUUUAUGAAUUUUUGAAUUGUUGAAAUAUAGGACGUGUUCAGUGAAUGACACUGAAUGGGAAAAGAGAGCUGAUAGUAUGAGAAAUGAACAGCAUGGACCACUCUAAAGGUCUACUACACAGCUCUUUUGGAUCAAUGCAUAAUCUAAGGAUAAAACUAAGUAUUGCCAUAAUAUAGUACAUUGUUCUAUUUGUUCAUCUUGUAGUCAAACCGAAGAGGAAAAACUGUCCCCAGUAUUCCACCGUUAUCAGCGGAGACAUUUGCCUCUGUAACCCUGGUUAUUAUAUGAGCAACGCUGGCAAGCGGACCUGUAUUCGUGAGUACAUUGGAGUUCUAUUUAUCCUUUGCAUUUCCAAAAGGGAAGAGUAACGCUAAAACAUAACUAGGCCCUUGGCUAACAAGUCUCAUCCAUUUUAGCAAGAAUAAAUGACUGUGAUAUCGAAAUCUCCGUUGCGCAGGUCUUUUAAGCUACUAGUGUGACUGUUGUCAAGAACUGCUUGAAUUCUUUCCUGGUAGAGAAAGGAGACCAUAUUGAACUCCUUCUGACUGCCAACGUUUAGGACAUUUUGUCCCCAGCCGCGAGCACCUCCACAUCUUUACACACCUAAUUGUAUUCAUUCUUCAAGUAUUCCCUUAAAAAUGCUUUCAAAACUUUUUGCAAAUUCGAAGAGGUGUCAUUAAAAAUUCUUGAUCGAUGUUCCUUUAACGCAGCGACAGAGAAUUCUGUGCGAGGGUUAUCCCCGUUACAGCACCCAAGCAAGCUAGAGAUUCCCCUUCCAAUGGACGGCGCUGUUACAAGAAGUGGAUCACAGUGGUCAGGUAAAGAAUUGAAAUAAUUAUCCCUUACGUGGCAAGCUAGUCUGAGACAACAACCGACAUUUUGCAACGCUACCAAUGGUUUCCCCUCGAAAUGACGUCUGAGAAACGAGUGCAGAAAUUUCAUUCUGAUGACACGUCACUAUCCAGAUCUGAGUAAUGCUUGUUUUCUGAUUGGUUGGACCAAAUUUCCGCUCGGUACGACCGCACGGCCCGUGCGCGUCAUUAGACUGGAAUUUCUGCGUUCGUUUCUCAGACGUCAUUUCGCGGGGAAACCAGUGGUGGCGUCGCAAAAUGCGGGCUAUUUUCUCAGGCUAGUGGCAAGCAUCUAUGCUAAUUUAUCGUAACAAAAAAAGCGCUUAAAUAAGAAAGAGUUCAAUUCCCACAGGAUUGGUUUGGAACACCUACAUAGCCGCCGUGAAACCAUGUUAAAACGCCCUAUACCGUACCAGACAUUAAAAAUAAACAUGCUUUCUUCAUGCCUGAAAAUGAUAUUUUUGUUGAUCGUCUACCCUGCAACUGCUGCUUUGAGUAUAUUAUAAAUUAGGGCAUUUCGAUAUCCACUGGAAUGAUAAGGGUGAGACGGUAGCCUUUGAUGCUCUUGUGGCUUAGUGAUCCUCUCUGUUGUUACGAUGCCAAAUUGUAAACAUGCUUUGUAAACUGCAAUGCCCUUGUCGUUUCAGUAGCCAGGGUGAUUAAAAUAAUCCGUGACGACAACUGAGCGUGGUGAUUCAACAUCGUUGAAAAACGAUUCAAAAAUCUGUCCAUGCCAAACGGAUUAUUCAGCCAUCCAAUUUUGUGUCAUGUGGUGCGUCUCGCCCGACUGUGAAAUCAAUCGUGUUUACAAUAAGUUACAUUCCUUUCAUUGCUGCUUUGUUUUCAAACAGAGGAUAUCAUAGUUACAGAAUACCGCAGCUUGGGGUGCUGGGCUGACACAAAGGAUUGGAAGGAUCCAGCUAAGCGAGCUUUGAUGGUGAUGGAGGGACUCGAUCCACUCCUUGCUGGAAGUUACCAGGAAAGAAAACAACCAAUUAGCAAGUGUGCAGAAGUCGCCAAGAGGCUUGGAUUCAGGGUAUUUGCCAUUCAAAAUGGCGGUCAAUGUUUUGGUGGUGCUGAUGAAGUUACCUAUAAAACAUACGGACCAUCAGAGUCGUGUGCUGAUGGUAUAGGGGGACCGUUGGCCAAUGAUGUGUACAAGCUCUAA